CGUCAUGACGUUUACAAAACAAAAAUACGUCAAGCACUGUAAGCGGUAGUUGACUGUCCACAUUAACUGUGAUGAUUGACAGCUGUCAGAACAUUCAGCGCCUUAAUUCACAUUACGAGCAGCGAUUUUGUUCCGGAUUAUUCACACAAAGUGUAUCAGAUGACGAGAAAUAAUAGGCUACUGUUAAAACAGUCAGUGCAAGCAUAGCUCAAUGCUAACCAAUGUGUUGUGCAUCAGGUUUUGCAGGAUUUGGGCAGAAGCAGACUGAUCAUGAGCACAGAGACUCAUGUGAAGGACAUUAAACCUGGACUCAAGAAUCUCAAUGUCAUCUUCAUCGUGCUGGAAACAGGACGAGUGACGAAGACCAAAGACGGUCAUGAGGUGCGCACGUGUAAAGUGGCUGACAAGACGGGCAGCAUCAGCAUAUCGGUUUGGGAUGAAGUUGGUGGGCUCAUUCAGGCUGGUGACAUCAUCAGACUUACCAAAGGUUACGCCUCAGUUUUUAAAGGCUGUUUGACACUGUACACUGGAAGGGGAGGUGAACUACAGAAGAUUGGAGAAUUCUGCAUGGUGUAUUCUGAGGUGCCAAACUUUAGUGAGCCAAAUCCAGAAUAUUUGGCCCAGAUGAAUAAAACGGGACUGAAUGACCAGAGCAACAUGAACAGCAGCACUGGAGCCACUGCAGGCAAUGACACUCCCAAUGGAAAUGGGGUGAAUUCUCAAGGCUCUGGAAACUCCACUAAUCCACAGCCGGCUGGACGAGCGAGUGGUGGAAAUGGAAACAGGUCGACACCAAGUCCUGGCGUGGGGGGAAGUUCCGUAAGCAACGGCAAGGAGACACGGAGAACAGUCAAAAGAUGAUCUAGUUUAGUAACAGAGCAACAUCAUCAUUUCAAAAUGGUUUUGGUGAGCAGCUAUUUGUCAUGUCUCAUCUGAAGACAUAUUGCUAAACUUUGAGCUUCAUGCUUUCAUGUAUGUUAGUUUUACUCAAUAGAUUGUCCAGUCUUGUAAAGUCACAUGUUUAUUGAGGUAUUUCUGAACCAGCUCUCAGAAUGGACACACUAAGCUAUUACAGUUUUUAGCCCAACUUCUGAUUGUUAAGUCAACUUUUGAUUAUCAGGUUCAACAUUAAUAUUAUUUAGUCAUUUUUAAAAUGACAGUUUUGUCUUAGUAGAUAAAUGAAGCCAAAAACAAGCACCAAUAAGCAUUCUCUCUCAAUCUCUCCUGUCCCGAUAAGAUUCUUUCAAUACAUAAUGACACUAUAUCUAAUGCCUUGGAGGAACUUGUCCCAUUAAAAAACUAGAACUGGCCCCUCAGAUCAUCCCUUCCCAUGGUUCACCCCUGAACAAGAGUAAUGAAAGCUAAGGGUAGGUGUCUUGAAUGACUUUAUAAGAAAAUUCGCCUUAUUCAGAAUACAUAUUGCAAUAUAAAGAAGCACUCAACACAGCACGCUCUACCUAUCUUUCCAGUGUUAUUAAUGAAGCAAAGUGUAAACCCAGGACUCUUUUCUCUGAGAUUAACAAACUUGUCAAACCAUCACUUUCUACAAUUAAUGGCUCUAUUGACUUUUAUGAAACUUUUUUCCUGCAUAAUAUUGACAAUAUCUACAAAGCUUUUUCUCCAUCUGCUCCUCCAGAUUUUUCUCCUUCUCAGUUUGUCCACCCGCUCUCAACCUUUUUAACUACUAAUACAUCUGAGCAUCUGAACAUCUGAUUACUAAAUCUAACUCCUCUUCCUGUCAGCUUGGCCCAAUUCCAACUCGUUCACUCAAAAACUUCUUGCCUACUCAUUUUACCUAUCACCCAUAUGUUAAACAGAUCUCUUGCCACUGGUUAUGUUCAGCUUGGUUUAAAAAUAGCUGCUAUCACUCCAGUACUCAAGAAACCAGGUCUUGAUAAUAUAGACUGGAUUACCUUUAGACCAAUUUCAAAUAUUCCUUUACUGGUCUGGUUUUCGACUUCUCACAGUACAGAGACUGCUCUUUUAAGAGUGGUAAAUGACCAUCACCUGGCCUCUGACACUGGUGCCAUCAGCCUCUUAGUUCUUCUGGACCUGAGUGUAGCGUUUCUCAUCUGUCUGCUAUUGGUAAUGUCCUUCCGUGUUAAUUAACUUUAUAUAUCUCAGAUAGGCAACAAUUCAUUUGCAUUAACAAACACAAAUCUCGCUCUGUCACUAUCUCCCAUGGUGUACCUCAAGGUUCGGUUCUUGGUCCACUACUAUUUUUAAUUUAUAUGCUUCCUCUUGGCCAGACCAUUAAAUGCCAUGGUCUUAAUUUUCAUAGUUAUGCUGACAAUACAUACAUUUAUUUUGCUAUCCAACCCAAUUCAGUCUUUCCAUAAUUUCUUGCUUUCGUGAACUUAAAGCACGUAUGGUGAAAAACUUCCUGAAUCUGAAUGCUGACAAUACUUCUGCUAGUUGGCCCCAAAUUGCUUGGCUCCUCCCAGCAUGACAUCUCCAUUCAUAUUGAUGGAGUCCUGAUUAGGCCAAUUGUUUUCAAUCUGGGAGUACUGUUUGAUUCAAAUUGUUUUAAACCACAUAUCAAGUUCAUACUGUCUGCUGUUGGUGGUGGGCGUUCAGUAUUAUAGGCCAUAAGCUCUAGAAUAAGCUGCCCCACAAACGCUGUACUGUCUCAUCACUUCAGACCUUUAAGACAGAACUUAAAACUCAUUUAUUCACAUUGUUUUGCAACUGAUUGGUUCCCCUUUCUGUUAUUUCAUUACUUGUUCACUUAUUAUCUGCCAUGCUAUAUGUUUUUUGUUUGACUACUUGUCCUGAUUGCUGUUCUUUGCUUGUACCUUUGCUUGUAUUUUCUGUAUUAUCUGUCUAUUUUGUAAAGUGUCCUUGGGUCCUUGAAAGGCACUAUAUAAAUAAAACAUUAUUAUUAUUAUUAUUAAAAGAUAUGGGACAAACCUGAAAAUUUCCAUGAAAAUUAGAUGAGCAUCCUAGUAUGAGUUAGAAAGGUAGGUGUUUAGGAACACCUGACAUAUUUUAGCAAGUUGAAAAUUUUCCUAGCUAGAAAUGGAAAACUAUGAUUUGGAAGCUGCUUGGAUUCCUAAAAAAAUCAGAUUUUUCACAUUUUUAACUUAAUGUGCAGUAUACUGUGCUUAUCAUUGUAAUUGUUGUCAGUCGCACAAGGUUUUGAACCAGAAAAGCCAAAUAAAAAGAAGCUAAAAACACAACUCCUGAAACAUUAUGAACAUGCAACCAGUAAAACUUUUUAUUUCCAGUGAUUUUCAGCUUAUAUUUUGUCAGAAAAUUAUGAUAUAAAAAAGGAAUGAAAUAAACACUUUUUUUUUCA